UGGACCCUCCGGCGGCAUGGCGGGGCUGAGGAGCCGAGGGGCCGGGCGGAGCAGCGGGAGUGCCGGCGACAAGGAUGUAGUUUUGGGUGAAAAGUGUGGAGAUCUAGAUCUCAGAAAUGAUUCAGAUAUUCCAGAAGUGCCCCCACCAACAGACAGCACUCCAGAAAUUCUCAAGAAGGCUCUGUCCGGCUUGUCUUCCAGAUGGAAAAACUGGUGGAUUCGUGGAAUUUUAACACUAGCUAUGAUAUCUUUAUUUUUCCUGAUCAUAUAUCUUGGAUCAUUUAUGCUGAUGCUUCUUGUCUUGAGCAUUCAAGUAAAGUGUUUCCAUGAAAUCAUUACUAUAGGCUACAGAGUCUAUCAUUCCUAUGAAUUACCAUGGUUUAGAACCUUAAGCUGGUACUUUUUGUUGUGUGUGAACUAUUUUUUCUAUGGAGAGACAGUGGCAGACUACUUCGCUACGUUUGUUCAGAGAAGAGAGCAACUUCAAUUCCUAAUUCGCUACCACAGGUUUAUAUCUUUUACACUCUACUUGACAGGUUUCUGCAUGUUUGUACUGAGCUUAGUGAAGAGACAUUAUCGUCUGCAGUUCUACAUGUUCGCAUGGACUCAUGUCACUUUGCUGAUCACUGUAACUCAGUCUCAUCUUGUCAUCCAAAAUCUGUUUGAAGGCAUGAUCUGGUUUCUGGUUCCAAUCUCAAGUGUUAUCUGCAAUGAUAUUACUGCUUACAUUUUUGGAUUCUUCUUUGGGAGAACUCCCUUAAUUAAGCUGUCUCCUAAAAAGACCUGGGAAGGGUUCAUUGGAGGUUUCUUUUCCACUGUUGCAUUUGGAUUUAUUUUUGCCUACCUUUUGGCUCAGUAUCAGUAUUUUGUAUGUCCAGUGGAAUACAAUAGUGAAACAAACAGAUUUGUUACAGAGUGUGCACCGUCAGAGCUCUUCCAGAUACAGAACUACUCUGUACCCCCAUUUCUGCAGGAUGUAUUGGGAAGGGAAACAGUGAAUAUGUACCCAUUCCAGAUGCACAGCAUUGCUUUGUCAACAUUUGCAUCUUUAAUUGGGCCAUUUGGAGGCUUUUUUGCUAGUGGAUUCAAAAGAGCUUUCAAAAUCAAGGAUUUUGCAGACACUAUUCCUGGCCACGGCGGAAUAAUGGAUCGCUUUGAUUGUCAGUACUUGAUGGCUACUUUUGUUCAUGUGUAUAUCACCAGUUUCAUAAGGGGUCCAAAUCCCAGCAAAUUACUGCAACAACUGUUGGUACUUCAGCCAGAACAGCAAUUAAAUGUAUACCAAACCCUGAAAUCUCAUCUAAUUGAAAAAGGAAUCCUUCAGCCAUCACUGAGGGGAAAGUUGGACUGAAUGGUGGACUUAAACAAAAACAAAAACAAACAAAAAAAACCAACCUGCCAGAAAAGCACUGAAAAAAACAAGUUACAACUUUGCAUAGUAAUCGUGGUUGAACAAGAAGUAGAUAGUAGUUUUGAAGACACGAAUGUUUCCUGAAACUACUGUGAAUAUUUAAUAAGACAUAAAAUUUAAGUUUGCUUGUAAAAUAACUGUUUAUUUAACAUGUGUUUUAGUUUCUGAAGUUGAUGGUGUGAGCGCUCCUUCGGUAUCCAGCCUGACAGGUUAAAUAGUUUUUAAAAUAACUAUUCGUUUUCAGCAGUUUUAUAUCACAAUAACUAAACUGAGGAAAUGUUAAGACUGUACUGGCACUGUGCAACUUUUAAUGUAGCUUAUCAGUACAGUUGUUGCUUUUAAUGCAAGUUUUAUAGUACUAUAUAUCUUAGCAAUAAUUCUGUCAUACUUAGUCUCAAAUGGUUAUUGAAGAAUAACCAAACUGCAG